GGCGAUGUCAUAGCCUUGCAGGGCAAAAGUGGUUCUGGAAAGACGACAUUGCUGAAAUGCAUAGCCCACCUUAAUGUAUACGAUGGGCUUGUUCUAUACCGCAUACCUAAUUACCGCAAAAAAGUGGCCUAUGUCCCCCAGCGGUCCCCCAUUCUCCCUGGUACUCCGCGGGACUUUGUGACCAAAGUACUGUCGUUGGCCGCCCGGUCCGGGGAACCCAUAUCCUCCUUCCAGAAUAUCACUGACUUGGGCGCCGCUUGGAGCCUUGAUCACAACUUGUGGGAUCGUGAAUGGACGAAUCUAUCAGGGGGAGAGUCCCAGAGGAUCGCACUCGCAGUUGCACUGGGCUUGAAUACUGCCGAAGUACUUCUGUUAGACGAACCUACGUCUGCUUUGGACCCGGAACUGGUGCUGUUAGUGGAGCAGUCAUUGCUGAAAGACCUGCGUUCGGAGAACACGGCACUCAAAGCUAUUGUGUGGAUCACACAUUCAGAUGAGCAGGCAAGCCGAGUAGGGACCCGAUUCAUUCAAGUUUCCGGGGGUAAUUGUCAUGAACAGUCCUUACCGCCAGUAUAG